AUGAGCGAUGAGUUUAAUCAAGAAGGCCGUACGUUCGAGGCAGGAGCAGACCACCUCUGGACCGCAAUUGAGAAACCUGAUGGUGUGAACGCUGCGCUGGAGAUUUACUCCAUCAACAUGACAUCUACGGAGUGCGAUAAAGAUGACAACUGCUACUUUUACAUCGAGGCAGACAUCGACGAAACGAACCUUACCGGUUGGAACAAGUUCUGCUUUCAAGGAGGGCUUGCCGUUUUGCGCGUUCAGCUGCCUGGUGUCGUGGGCAAGAGCUCCGGGAAUCCCGACCUCAGUAACGCCACUAAAACCACUCGAGCGGAGAGUAUUGAAUACUAUCCUACUUGGCCUGGUAUAUGGAUGGUUGGAAACUUGGGGCGAGCUAUCUUCACGGGCUCGACAGCUCGCUUGUGGCCCGUAUCAGUGCGUGCGACCCCGAUCCCGGUUCGGGCAUGA